CUUCCUUCUCCGGCGAGCUAGGCUUACAACUUCUUCUUUUUCUGCUUCUUCUUCUUGUUCAUCUUCUUCCCAAUUUCUCUCUGUCCUUCCCUGUGAUUCCCGUGCUUCUGUUUUUCUUCUUCUUCUUCUUCUUCUUCACUUUCGUCCCGUUACCAUAAUAAGAAAACAGUCUAUGAAUUUGCAACUGACGCUAUGAGCAACACUAUGACUCCUAGGACGAAAGUCAUGUUUCACUUGGACUAUGACAGGGGUUAACACAGACCCAUAUAUGUAUAUAUAUUUAUAGCAAUGGAUCUGAGAGGUGUUGCGUGUGGUUUUUGAGCUCAACAUCAAUCUUAUUAUCUUCUAAUUUUGGUCCUGUUUUUUGUACAACACUUCGUUUGAAAUGGAUGUGAUUGACGGGAAAGCUAAGAAAGGGCUGAUCGUCCAGACAUGGGAACGGUGCAGAUCGAUCGGCCGCGGCGGCCCUCUCCCCCCUGCCGUGAUGACGAAAAGCCGGUCGUGGCCUCGCAGCAGCAUCCCGGCGGAGGACGAAAGGCGUUUGGGGAAACAGCGGGUGGCUCCGGAAGGAUGUUUCUCCGUCUACGUCGGGCCGCAGAAACAAAGGUUUACGAUCAAGACGAAGUACGCCAACCACCCUCUCUUCACCGCGCUUCUGGAAGAAGCAGAAUCGGAGUAUGGGCACAACAGUGAAGGGCCUCUUGAGCUGCCGUGUGAGGUUGACCAUUUCUGCGAGAUCUUGGUGGAGAUGAAGAACUCCCGCGAGGUCCGGCGGGGCUGCAACUUCGCCAAAACUCGCAGCUCCUCCUAUCGCCUUCUCAGUCCUUCGAGGUUGGUGGCGCGCGCCAUGAAUAGGUCUUAGUUUUGAGCAAGCAUGCCGCAUGCGUGUAGUUUCUCUUUAAAAUAGCUUGCUCUGUGCCAUGGAUGGUUUCUGAACUUCCAAAUCUUGUGAAUAUGUGAGAAGGGGAAGAAGAUGAGCCGAUUUGACAGAAGCUCUUUAUGAUCAUAACAGAAGUAUAUUGUCAACCGUGUUUAAUCAUGGAUGUUAAAAUGAUAUUAUAACCGUGUCAUGAUAUUAUUUGUAUCUUG